AUGCCUAACACCAAAUACAAGGCCGCUGCUGUCACUUCCGAGCCCGGUUGGUUCGACCUUGAGGGUAGUGUUCAGAAGACUGUCAACUUCAUCGACGAGGCUGGCCAGGCCGGCUGCAAGCUGGUGGCUUUCCCGGAAGUCUGGGUUCCUGGCUACCCCUACUGGAUGUGGAAGGUCACCUACCUGCAAUCUCUCCCCAUGCUCAAGAAGUACCGCCAGAACGCCCUCCGCGUAGACUCGGAAGAGAUGCGCCGUAUCCGCCGCGCCGCCCGCGACAACCAGAUUUUCGUCUCUAUGGGCUUUGCCGAGCUCGACCAAGCCACCCUCUACCUCUCCCAGGUCCUCAUCGAUCCGAGUGGCAACGUCAUCAACCACCGCCGCAAGAUCAAGCCUACCCAUGUCGAGAAGCUCGUCUACGGCGAUGGAUCCGGCGACACCUUCAUGUCGGUCACCGAAACUGGCAUUGGCCGCGUCGGCCAACUCAACUGCUGGGAGAACAUGAACCCCUUCCUGAAGGCCCUCAACGUCUCCCAGGGUGAGCAGGUUCACAUCGCCGGCUGGCCCGUCUACCCAGGCAAGGAGUGCCAGGUCGCUCCCGAUCCAGCCACCAACUACGCUGACCCUGCCUCCGACCUCGUCACCCCCGCCUAUGCCAUCGAGACUGGCACCUGGGUUCUCGCUCCCUUCCAGCGUCUGUCGAUUGAGGGCCUCAAGAAGAACACCCCCGAGGGCGUUGAACCCGAGACAGACCCCUCCGUCUACAACGGCCAUGCUCGCAUUUACAAGCCUGACGGCAGCUUGGUAGCGAAGCCCGACAAGGACUUUGAUGGUCUGCUAUUCGUCGACAUUGACCUCGACGAGAUCCACCUUACCAAAGCCCUUGCCGACUUUGCCGGCCACUACAUGCGACCCGACCUCAUCCGCCUCCUAGUUGAUACACGCCGCAAAGAGCUCGUAACAGAAGCCGAUCCCCAUAGCAGCAUUGCCCGUUACAGCACCUACAACCGGCUUGGACUUGACCGUCCGCUGGAUUCUAAGCCCGAGAUGUACGAGCACGACGCAGCCAUCAAGAGCGUUUCCAAGGAGCCUACGAUGAACUCCAUCAAGAAACUAUGA